UCAGGGUUAUGGUGAGCAGGUAGGUAAGUGGAGCUGAGUCUACGAGAAGAUCAGCUAUGAUCUUAUUGAAUGGCGGACCAGGCUUGAUGGGCCAGAUGGCCUACACCUGCUCCUAUUUCUUACGUAAUUAGCACUUCUCAGAAUGAUCUCCAAUAACAGCAAAUGAAUCUGGAUGGAGACUUUUAUUUUGACAUUUUUACUGCCAUUACAUAAGCUUCUGACUCACUGGAUACAGUCUUACUGCUAGCAGUUCAAAGUCUCGCAGCAAAAUCCAACUUAAAUAAAUUAUUGACAAUAUUGACUUGGUUGUCAGAAAAAGAAGGAAUUCAUGAAUGGAUAUUCUAACUGUCAUGGGGAAAAUGUCCCUACAGUUUUUUUGGAUUAUAAUGGAGGACUUUAUGGAUGUUAUUUCUACGGUAUGGAGGGGUGUACCAGGUCUGAGGCACCUCUUUCCAAAUGUAAAGAAGGAACCCAUAUACUACAACAGGAGAAAGGGAUUAGAGAGUAUAGCACCUCUGUUUAUGACUGUGGAAGAAACCCCUGAACCCAUUCCAGUGAAAGUCAAAGGGGAAAUUCCUAAUUGGUUAAGAGGAAGUCUGCUGAGAAAUGGGCCUGGAAAAUUUGAGUUUGGAAAUGACAAGUACAAUCAUUGGUUUGACGGUAUGGCUUUGAUGCAUCACUUCAGAAUUGAAGAUGGUAAUGUAACCUACAUGAGCAAGUUUCUACGCAGUGAAACCUAUCAGACCAAUAGUGCAAACAACCGUAUCAUGGUUUCUGAGUUUGGAACUUUAGCGAUGCCCGACCCUUGCAAAAACAUUUUUGCAAGAUUCAUCAGCAAAUUUGAAAUGCCAACAACUGAUAACGGCAGUGUUAACUUUGCACGAUACAAAGGAGAUUAUUAUGCGACCACGGAAACUAAUUUUAUCCAUAAAGUGAAUCCCAAUACCCUUGACACAGUAGAAAAGGUGGAUUGGACCAAAUUUAUUGCAGUCAAUGGAGCAACAGCCCAUCCACAUUACGAUCCUGAUGGGACAACCUACAAUAUGGGCAAUUCAUAUGGAACAAAUGGCACGAUCUAUAACAUCAUUGCAGUUCCUCCGCAGAAGUCAGAUGAUGGGGAGACACUUGAAGGCGCCAGAAUUGUUUGUGGCAUUACACCAGUGGACAGCAUGAAGCCUUCUUACUACCACAGCUUUGGAAUGUCCAAGAACUAUAUCAUCUUUGUUGAGCAACCGCUGAAAAUAAAUGUACUGAAAAUUCUUACAUCCAAGUUCAGGGGCAAAAGUUUGAGCCAUGCACUAAACUGGGAGCCAGAACUUAACACUGUCAUCCAUGUGGCUAAUAAACACUCAGGAGAGAUGGUUCCCUUCAAGUAUUACAGCAAAGCCUUCAGUACAUUCCAUCAUAUUAAUGCAUUUGAAGAUGAUGGCUUUAUUGUUCUCGAUCUCUGCAGCUUUGACAAUGGCAAUGUUAUAAAUAACAUAACUCUACAAAAUUUGCGUCAGUCUGGAGAAGCAUUGGAUGAGGUCUACAACACUUUACCAAAAGGCUUUCCACGUAGAUUUGUCUUGCCUUUGAAUAUCAACUCUGACACACCUAUUGAUCAGAACCUCAACACUUUGACAUACAGCAAUGCAGUUGUAUUCAGAAAGGCUGAUGGAAAGAUUUGGUGUGAGUUUGAGAACCUCCAUGAUGAUGAUUUCUUCGAUGAAGGUGGAAUGGAGUUUCCACAAAUUAACUAUGCGAAGUAUAACACGAAGAAAUACAAAUUUUUGUAUGGAUGUGGAGCAAACAAUAUGAUGGUAGAUUCUCUUAUAAAGAUGGAUGUAGAAACCAAGAAAUUUAAGACCUGGAAAGAAAAAGGGUACUAUCCAUCAGAGCCAGUCUUUGUGCCGUCUCCCAACAGUGCAGAUGAGGAUGAUGGAAUUAUCUUAUCUGUAAUUGUUUCACCAAAUCAGAAUAAGAACAGCUUGCUGCUUGUGCUUGAUGCCAAGACCUUCACUGAAAUAGGCAGAGCAGAAGUGGCUGUACGUAUACCAUUUGGAUUUCAUGGUGUUUUUGCAGCAAAUUAAACUUACUGAAGCACUUCCACAAACUGUACAACUGGGUUCCAGCACUUCAGGAACUUCAAAAACAUUCAAACGCAUGCUUUUAUUAUAAAGUAACUUUUACAUUCUGAAUAAACGAUAAUGAUUAAUUCUCAAA